UCAUUCCUCACAUUCCCUUCCUUUUUCCCUCCUCCUCCUCCUCCUCCUCCGCCCCAUACCUUAAAACCCACCCCUUUUUUCCUUGGCACCCAAGUCACUUUCCCCUCCAAUUUCCCCCGGCCAUGGCCGCCAAGACCCCCACCUGCGAGGAAGAUUGCAAGCAGAUUCACGAUUCCUGGGGCAGUCUGAGCCACCUGGCCUCCCGAACCCAGGAAGAAAGGAGGCAAAUCAGAGAAACUUACAGCCAAAUGUACGGCAAUGACCUGCUUGAUUGUCUCCAAAAAAAUGAGCCUGCGGCUUCGCCCCGUCUCUGCUCAGUCUUGUCCCUGUGGUUGCUUGAUCCGGUUGAGCUCGACGCGGCCUUGGCUAUGGAGGCUCUUGAUCAUCGCCAGGGCUUCGUCAACUACAGGACCCUCGUUGAGAUUUUUGCGGGUCGAAAAUCAACCCAUGUUGCCCUGCUCAAGCAAGCUUAUCAGAAGAAAUUCAGGCGGCAACUGGACCAGGAUAUUGUCUCUGCUGAACCUCCCCAUCCAUUCCAAAAGAUUUUGAUGGCACUGGGAGCCUCACACAAGGCCCACCAAGCAGACUUCAGCCAGCACGUUGCCCAGAGUGACGCCAGGCGGCUGUACCAAACAGGGGAGGGGAAGCCAGGCGCCAUUGAUGGAGCCGUCGUCCUGGAAAUACUCAGCAAAAGGAGCAUUCCUCAGCUCAAGCUCACACUUUCCACCUAUAAGCGCAUCUAUGGCCAUGAUUACACUAAGUCACUCAAGACCGAGAACCACGGGGAGUUCGAAGAUGCUCUCAAAGUGGUUAUCAAAUGCAUAUACAACCCACAGAAAUAUUACUCCAAGAGCUUGUAUGAAUGCCUUAAGGGCAGGCAGAGAGAUAAAAGUGGUUUGGCAAGGGUGAUGAUAAGCAGGGCAGGGCCUGACAUGAAUGAAAUCAAGAGUUUCUUCAAGAAGAAAUAUGGGAUGGAGCUGAGAGACGCCAUUUCUGAAAGCUUCCCUUUGGGGGAUUGCAGGGACUUUCUUGUUGCCUUGGCCAGUUAAUGUUUUAUCAAUUAAUUGCCAUCUGCACUUUAAACCUAAUUCAUUCUAGUGUUUCCGAGAGUGCAUACACAGUAAUUAGCUACCAAUCAUAAUGAUAUAUCAAGUUUUAAUCUAGUUAUAUAGUC